GCCGAGCUGGCCGCCGAGCGGGUGCGGGUGCGGGUGCGGGCGCGGGCGCGGGCACGGGUGUGGGCGCAGCGGCUGUCGACCGCGCGGCCGCGCAGCGGACACUGUGCGCAGGGUCCUGAGGCGCCCCGCGAGUGGGGAAGACCGCAGAAUCUGAGGCCAUGUCCCAUGAAAAGAGUUUCUUAGUGUCUGCGGACAGCUACCCUCCCCCCAACCCUGGAUAUCCUGUGGGGCCCCAGCCCUCCAUGCCUCCCUACCCUGGGGCCCCUUACCCACAGCCCCCAUUCCAGCCUUCCCCCUAUGGCCAGCCAGGGUAUCCCCAGGGCCCCAGCUCCUAUCCCCAAGGGGGCUACCCUCAGGACCCCUAUCCCCCAGGGGGCUACCCUCAGGGCCCCUACCCCCAAGGGGGCUACCCUCAGGGGCCAUAUCCGCAGAGCCCCUUUCCCCCCAACCCCUAUGGACAACCACAGGCCUUCCCGGCACAGGACCUUGGCUCACCUCAGCAUGGGACCUACCACGAGGAGGGGCCCCCAUCCUACUACGACAACCAGGACUUCCCUGCCACCAACUGGGAUGACAAGAGCAUCCGCCAGGCCUUCAUCCGGAAGGUGUUCCUGGUGCUGACCCUGCAGCUGUCCGUGACUCUGUCCACCGUAGCUGUGUUCACCUUCGUCGGGAAGGUGAAGGGCUUUGUCCGGGAGAAUGUCUGGACCUACUAUGUCUCCUAUGCCGUCUUCUUCAUCUCCCUCAUUGUCCUUAGCUGCUGUGGGGACUUCCGGCGAAAGCACCCCUGGAAUCUCGUUGCACUGUCCAUCCUGACCGUCAGUCUGUCCUACAUGGUGGGCAUGAUUGCCAGCUUCUACGACACCGAGGCGGUCAUCAUGGCCGUAGGCAUCACCACGACCGUCUGCUUCACAGUGGUCAUCUUCUCCAUGCAGACGCGCUACGACUUCACCUCUUGCAUGGGCGUGCUCCUGGUGAGCAUGGUGGUGCUGAUCAUCUUUGCCAUCCUGUGCAUCUUCAUCCGGAACCGCAUCCUGGAGAUUGUGUAUGCCUCGCUCGGCGCUCUGCUCUUCACCUGCUUCCUGGCAGUGGACACCCAGCUGCUGCUGGGGAACAAGCAGCUGUCCCUGAGCCCGGAGGAGUAUGUGUUCGCCGCAUUGAACCUGUAUACGGACAUCAUCAACAUUUUCCUGUACAUCCUCACUAUCAUUGGCCGCGCCAAGGAGUAGCCUGAGCCCCUGGCUCACGUGGGGCCCCACUCGGGUGGCGUGCUUGGCCUGGACCCUGCCCCUGAUGUGGCCGUUCCUCGGUACCUCCCCUCUCUGAUACCCGUGCACAGCCUGGGACAGAGGGAACCCUUCUCCAACCCUCCUGUGUGUAUACUGCAGACGCCUCUGUUCAGACCCGCUGUGGCCAGCAUGGCCCCUCCUAGCCCUCCCACCCCGCCAAAGGGUAGCGGGGCUGGGCCUCCGUGCCACCUCCUGCCCACUUACUGUUGCAUGAGCCCCAUCUGCCAGCCCACCCCAGGGCCUGGGGGGGCAACAUCAGGUCCCAGGGGAGAGGGAUUGAGCCAAGAGGUGAGGGUGCACGUCUCCCCUCCUGUCCCAGCUCUCCUGCCUGGCAUAGAGCAUCCCUUUCCCCUCCCCACCCCCACGCUGGAGCGCUGUCCUCUGGGGGACCUGAGGGUGAGGGUCUCAUCCCUGUGCUGAGCCCUGAGGGCAGAGAGGAUGGGAACAUUUCAGGGGAGGAGGACGCCUUCCUCUCGUUCUGCUGUCUUUAAAAUUCCAAUAAAUGGGACCUUCAGUGCUCUCCGUUCCCUUCAUCA